UUGUGAUUGUCGUUGCUCCAAAAGUGGGUGAAAAUCGAAAGAUAUUUAAAGCGUUACAUAAAAUACAUGUAUAAUAUAAUUUUUAAUGUAUCUCUUAGAAGAUUUCCUUCACUGUUAUUUCAUUGAUUAUAAACUUAUAAACAUCCUGUGUUGUUUACAAACAUUUAACUGAAUUCGUAAGAACGGAUCCAGAUUUGAUUUUCCUGAAAUAAAGAACUAGUUUUCCAUUUGCAAAAAUAUUAAAAAGAUUUGUGAACUGAAAGAGCUUUUCUUCAAGCUGCGUUAUUGUUAUUAGAUGAACAGUCAACAGUAAUGACUCGAUUUUUGAAGCUGGUGCGCCAUCAAGAUGGCAAAUGGAAAGCUUUACCAACAGACACGGAUGAUUUAUCCCAAGUAUCUCUAAAAGAAAGAACAUAUGCUCCUAUAGACCCAUCGCAGCUUCUGAAAGCUCUAGACUCUCUGCUUUCUCCAGAUGGUGGAAUUAAGAGUACUGAAGAUGUUAAAAAGAUAGCUAGUUUGAUGAAAAAGUUCUCCAAGAAACUGGUGAGCCGAUGCGUGUACUGCAAUGUUUUACAAGCAACAAAGCCAGAAAUCCUCUCUGAUUACUUAGAGGAAGGUGGUUGGGACACCAUUAACAUUUGGUUGCAGUAUGCCAAGUCUUCAGCAUCUCACAGUUUUCUAUUAGAAAUGCUCAAGUUAUGUAGACAACUGCCCAUGACUGUGACAAGGUUAAAGGAAAACAACACUGCUAAACUUAUCAAGUCAUUAACAAAGCAUGAAAAUGCUGAAGUCAAGACAAUCUCAUCAGAACUUGUAAACAAAUGGAUGAUGAUCAUUAAAGGCAAGAAAUCUGCUGAACUUUCUUCUGGUGAGAAAAAGAAAAAGAAAGUAAAACCUUCAAAAGAGGAUGACUCAAAAAUGGAAGCAAAAGCUUCCCCCAAACGUGCCAAUCAUAAACUUGUGAAGGAAAAAGUCUCAAAUGAAAAACCUGUCAGUGAUAAACCUGUAAAUGACAAAGACAUUAGUGAAAAACCAACAGGAAAGUCUGAAAGUGAAUUAAUUAGGACUAUUUCAAGGUUAAAAGGAACAAAACGUACAUCUACUGAUAAAGAGCAGAAAAAAACAGAGUAUUAUGAAGAUGUUAAAAUUGACAUUGAUCAAUUGUAUCCAAUUCCUAAAAAACCUCGACCAGACAGACCAAAGACUGCUAAAGUUUAUCAAAAGAAUUUUCGUUCCACAGGUUUGGAAGAAGAAACCCCACUACCAAAAAACAUUUCAAAGAAAACUGCAACCGUGGAUAAGACUGCAGUUGCAGCUGCAAAAAGUGCCCUCACUAAAAUGACUGCUCCUAUUGUUCCAGAUAGGAUACUCGAUAAGAAAAUAAAGCCAGAAAGUCUGUUAGCUGUCAAUGAGAGUGCAAAUAGUAACAAGGGCAUCAAAUUGAUUCCAGCUAAGCCUCGUCCAGCUGUACUUCAAGAAAGUGCAAGUUUUAUGGAUGCAUUGUGUCCGCAGCCAGGUCCUCCACUAAAAAGAAAAAAGAAAGCUCAACCAAAUAAGCCAAAUGCUUCGCCAACAUCGCCAACCUCAACACCACCAAAACUCCAAUUCUAUAAAGAUACAUUAGAGCUCAAUGAGGAAAAGAAAGAAGAAUCGCCCGAAAAGGAAGACUCAGUCACAAGUGAAGAAAAAUCGGAUGAUCAACCUAUUGCCGAGAAUGUUGAUCAGGCUGAUGUGGACGAAAUGAAGGAAGAUGGAAGCAACACACCUCCUAACACUGAAAAUAUUAUUUCUUCGAGUCCUAAAGGUUAUUCAGAUGAAACAGAAGAAGAAAGUACAGAAAAGCCUCCUUUCGAUCCCGACCAACUGCGAUCAAUAUUGUCUCAUGGCCGAAGAAGAGGAAAGAAAAAAAGCGUGCAAUGGGUGGAAGAUAAUAAUUUGAAAGAGAUUUUCUAUUUUGAACUGGAUGAAACAGAAAGAGUGAAUGUACUCAGAGCUCAAACUUUCUGUGAUUUGAAGUCCAUAGAAGCCAAACGUGAACGAGAAGCUAUGGAGUUAGUCAAGAGACAAGCUGGUGAUAGAAUGGAAGAAGCAAUCAGGUGGUGGCAGUUUCCUAUUUUGAUUGACUGUCCUCCAGCGCUCAUGGAACCGGGGUGCCAAAGUAAAGAAAAAGAAAUCGAAAGGUUAAGACAGCAAUCUUCUUUGCAAGAAAUCUACUUUACACGAGAAAUGAUUCCAGAUUCUCCUCGUGAACCUGAUUUGGAAAUAGUUCCUACUAUUGAGCCAAAAGUCAUUCCAUUAGAUGAGGAAAAUCAAAUAGGCACUGUGAUGGAUUACUCGAAAUUUGAAACUCCUAAAGCUUCCUUACCUGACGUUUUGACGUCUCUUAUAAUGAACACUAGUAAACCUUUGCCAUCUGCGCCCUCAAGCUUUUCACCCGAACAGAUGCCUUUUGAUGCAAGCAAUUUGAAACUACCUCUUUUAGAUGCAAACAAAGUGUUAAAUCAAAUGCCUAUAGCACCUAUGUCUGCUUCUUAUGAUCCAGCUGAACCAAUCACUUCAAAUUGUUUGCUCCCCCAUCCACCGAUGCCGAACAUGAUGGUCAUGCCUCCAGGGAACGAAAACCAAAACAUGGGGAACAUCCGGCCUCCCCCCGAGUGGCGCCCGAACGAGGACAUGGACAUGAACCCGAUGAAGCCGCCCGAUGGCUUCUUCAGGAACUUCAACAUGAACGCCGGUCUUCCCAUGGAUCCGAUGUCCGGCAUGAACAUGAGGCCUCGAAUGAUGCCAGACAUGUUUAGGCCACCUGUGAUGCCAAAAGGCCCAAGAGGUCCACGUCCUCGGCCGAGGGUCUUAUGUCGCCAUUUUGCCGCAGGAAGCUGUCGCUUUGGCAACAACUGUACAUUUCUACAUCCAGGGGUGAAUGGCCCGCUCAUGUAGCCAAACAUUUCCAUCAGAGAUUGCAUCUCGGCCUUACCAUGUGAAAGCAUACUGUGAUAUGAUUGUUUUGUUUUGUGAUGUUUUAUUCAUGUUUGUUUCAUCGAGAGACGCUGUGACGGUUUUAACUCAGUGCCACAAGUCACUAAAGUGCAUCUUUGUACUGUUUCAUUGAUCUAUCUGUUACCUACAUUUCAUACCAAGAUGUGCUGCCGUGCUAAGCACAGAUGUGGUAUCUGCAAUAGAGCUCAAAAUGAGAAAUCAACGAUUAAAGUUUUACAACUCGUUUCUUUGAUUUAUGACUUAAUUAAAUGCUCAACUUGCGGUAGUUGUUCCGUAAAUAACUUAUCUAAAAACCGUAAAAGAGUAUUUUUGUAAAAAUCUUAAUUUAAAAUUGAUAAAUGUAGUUACGACUAAUUUUCUUUUCAAAGCCUUUUCAUAUACUAAGCUAUUUUCACCGUAAGUGACAACUACUAGGCAUUUUUAGGGGUAUCUGCAAAGAUACGACAAAAAUAGCUUAGU